AUGUCCUUGCCAGCUGCUCUCCAUAUUCCAAAGGGCAGUAGCUUUAGCUGCACAGGCGAGCCCACCUCCAAAACACAGAUGUGGCAACAGAGGCCUUCAACCCAGACCAUUGAGAGAUUGGGUUUCUUGAGUACUGGAGAUCAAGCAGCAAAAGGGAAUUAUGGACUCCUUGAUCUAAUACAGGCUCUGAGAUGGACUAGUGAGAACAUUGGAUUCUUUGGUGGUGACCCUUUGAGAAUCACCGUGUUUGGAUCUGGCGCUGGGGGGUCAUGUGUCAAUCUGCUGACUUUAUCCCAUUAUUCUGAAGGUAACCGUUGGAGCAAUUCAACCAAAGGACUCUUUCAACGGGCAAUAGCUCAAAGUGGAACAGCCCUCUCCAGCUGGGCUGUUAGCUUCCAGCCUGCAAAAUAUGCCAGGAUGUUGGCUACGAAAGUUGGCUGCAACAUGUCUGAUACUGUAGAGCUAGUUGAAUGUCUGCAGAAGAAGCCUUAUAAAGAACUUAUUGACCAAGAUAUCCAACCAGCUCGAUACCACAUAGCCUUUGGACCAGUGAUUGAUGGUGAUGUAAUACCAGAUGACCCUCAGAUAUUGAUGGAACAAGGGGAAUUCCUCAACUAUGAUAUAAUGUUGGGUGUUAAUCAAGGGGAAGGGUUAAAAUUUGUUGAAAACAUAGUAGAUAGUGAAGAUGGGAUUUCAGCUAGUGAUUUUGACUUUGCUGUCUCCAAUUUUGUGGAUAAUUUGUAUGGAUAUCCUGAAGGCAAAGACGUUUUGAGGGAAACUAUUAAAUUUAUGUAUACAGACUGGGCAGACCGACAUAAUCCUGAGACUAGACGCAAGACGCUAUUGGCUUUAUUUACUGAUCAUCAGUGGGUGGCACCAGCAGUGGCUACGGCAGACCUUCAUUCAAACUUUGGUUCACCUACAUACUUCUAUGCCUUCUACCAUCAUUGCCAAACAGAUCAAGUCCCAGCUUGGGCUGAUGCAGCUCAUGGAGAUGAGGUUCCUUAUGUAUUGGGAAUCCCCAUGAUUGGUCCAACAGAGUUAUUCCCUUGUAAUUUCUCUAAAAAUGAUGUGAUGCUGAGUGCAGUAGUGAUGACUUAUUGGACAAAUUUUGCUAAAACUGGUGAUCCAAAUCAGCCAGUCCCUCAAGACACAAAAUUUAUCCACACAAAACCCAAUCGUUUUGAAGAAGUAGCAUGGACCAGGUAUUCACAGAAAGAUCAACUCUAUCUCCAUAUUGGAUUAAAACCAAGAGUAAAAGAGCAUUACAGGGCCAAUAAGGUAAACCUCUGGCUGGAGCUGGUACCUCAUCUGCACAAUCUCAAUGAUAUUUCUCAGUAUACCUCUACCACAACUAAAGUGCCCUCAACUGAUAUUACCUUCAGGCCAACAAGGAAAAAUUCUGUACCUGUCACAUCAGCCUUUCCUACAGCCAAGCAAGAUGAUCCCAAGCAGCAACCAAGUCCAUUUUCCGUUGAUCAACGGGACUACUCCACAGAGUUGAGUGUGACCAUCGCAGUUGGGGCAUCUUUGCUCUUUCUGAACAUCUUGGCCUUUGCUGCUCUCUACUACAAGAAGGAUAAGAGGAGACAUGAUGUUCAUAGGAGAUGUAGCCCUCAACGUACGACAACCAAUGACCUUACCCACGCACAAGAAGAGGAGAUAAUGUCCCUCCAAAUGAAGCACACAGACUUGGAUCAUGAAUGUGAGUCUAUCCAUCCACAUGAGGUGGUUCUCCGGACCGCCUGUCCCCCAGACUACACACUAGCUAUGAGGAGGUCUCCUGACGAUGUUCCCUUAAUGACCCCCAACACCAUUACAAUGAUUCCUAACACUAUACCAGGAAUCCAGCCCUUACACACGUUCAAUACAUUUACUGGAGGACAGAACAAUACUCUGCCCCAUCCCCACCCCCACCCCCACUCACAUUCAACAACCAGGGUAUAGCCAGACAAGAUGAAACAAACUCUAUUUUUUGACGGAUUACAGUAAGCAAUUACUGGGGAUUGCUUGGCUUUCAACCUACAAAGACUUACUAUUUAAAUAAGGAGGAAUAUUAUGUGAAUAUACAUAUCAAGAACUUUUGAGGUUUUGAAAAAAUGAAUUGUAUAUAGUUACACAAAUGAACUUAAAAAAACUGAUCUCGAUUGCUUGAAGCAGUUGUUCUGAAUGAUACUUUUUCAUUCACAUUCAAGUAUUAAUUUUUUGAAGAUUUAAGUUACAUAAUGGAAUUAGGCAUGUGCAACACCAAACAGGAAAGAACUAUGACUGAAAUUUAAGAACAAAAAAAAUCUAUAAAUAUGCACAAGGGACACACUAAUGGAAUGUCAGAUAAUUUUCACCAGUUUUUAUUUGGAACUGUUUUCUUGUGUAGUCCAUAUUUACUUAUUUGGAUAAGUACACAAAACACCAGUGCUGUUAACGGCCUUAGUAGAGCAAGGCUCAUGCUGAAACCUGCUGGUCAAACAGCAAAGUGAAGCCUGGCAGGGUCAACAUUUUCACAUAAGUGCUGUCAGUAAAUUGGUGGGGGAUCAAGGAAACUGGGGGUUUUUAGCACGACGUGCAUGAUCAUUGAUAUGCUUGGUGGCUGUGCUGCUGAUUAAGCUGCAAUUAAAAUUCUUCUCAUCCCAUUGGAUUUUUUUCAUAGAAGCUUCCUCCAUCAAUUGGCAGAAUCCAAAGAAGAUUUGUAAGGGGGCAGAAGUUAUUGCAAUAGAAAAAUUUAGAAUAGCUUCAGGAAUAAAAGGUGUUAGUUAUGAAAGGUAGCUGAUGAAACUAUAGGGAUAGGAGUGAACACUCACUGAUAUGAGUCCCAGAGAGAAAACAAACAACUUUCUGUA